CUGCAGCAGUUUAACACCGCCCACACCAUGAAAACGAAACUUAACAGAGAAAAACUGAGCUGAGGUAAAAGUCAGACUGCAGAAGGUUCCUGAGCAGAGAGCAUGGCCUUUCAACAGCAGCCCUUUUACAACCCUAGGAUCCCCUUCACCGGAGCCAUCCAUGGCGGUCUACAGGAGGGGAAGACCAUCACAGUGAGUGGGCGGGUCCUCCCUGGAGCUGACAGGUUCGCUGUGAACUUACAGUGCGGGUCCAAACCCAACGCAGACAUCGCUCUGCACGUUAACCCUCGCUACGACAGCGGUCCGGCUGUAGUGGUCACCAACACCCUGCAGAGGGGCAGCUGGGGCGUGGAGGAGAGGAAGCCCAACUCCCACCUGCCCUCUGGAUCACCCUUCAACCUGGUGAUCACCGUCACCCAACAUGCCUUCCAGCUGAGUGUCAAUGGAAUCCAUCUGAUGAAUUAUGGACACCGGAUUCCAUUCCAUCGGGUCGACACCAUCUCCGUAUCUGGCACAGUGGAAGUUUCUGCCAUCACUUUCCAGAACCCCAUGCCGGCGUUUCCUUCGCAGCCUGCCUUCGGUGCAGCUGUAGCCUUCCCCGCCCACUCUGCCUACCCCUCUGGUCCGGCCUUCCCGCCUCAGCCUGGAUUCCCUGCUCAGCCCGGUUUUAUUCCAGCAGCGCCGGCCUACGUUGCAUUCCCAAAAAACCCCAGACGAAGGCAGAGUAAGCCUAAGAAGGAGGUAAACCAUGCGACCUGGAACACUGGGGUCAGCUGAUACGAAUCACCAAUC